AGUACAUGAGACAAUCGAUGUAGAAAUACCCGAAGUACCUACUCAUGAUUCAAAACGUACAAAAUUGUUUGUUAUGAGCAGCAACGAUUGUGGUGAACUUGGCUUAGGGAAUGAUGUUGAAGAAAUGAAAUAUCCUAGACAUGUUGAAAGCCUAGCUGAUUUUCAUAUUGUGAAAAUUAGUUGUGGAAGUCUACAUGUGGCAGCUCUAACUCGAGAUGGAACAGUCAUCACUUGGGGUUGCAAUGAUGAAGGUGCAUUGGGUAGAGUUACUAAAAGUGAAGAAAAUUCAAAUGCAACCGACGAGAAUGUGCCGGCAUACGUUCAAGGUCUUGAUGAUGUAGUUAUAGUCAAAGUCGUUUGUAGUUCAAAUAUGACGCUAGCUUUGUCUGAUAGAGGUCAAUUAUAUGCUACCAGAACAUUUAGGGAUAAUAAUGGGAAUACAGGGUUUACCUCAGCAAUUAAUAAGCAAUCAAUAUUCGUGAAAUACGGUCCUACUUCUCACUUAAAAAUUGCUGAUAUUGCCGUUGGAGAGAAUCACAUAUUAGUUCUAAUGACAAAUAGUUAUUUAUACACUUUUGGAUGCAUGAAUUCUUAUCAGCUUGGAAGAAGAAUAUCAGUUCGUAAACCCAAUGGUUUAAUGUUAAUUCCUGGGAAAAUAUCGAUCAAUCGAAUUAGAAAGAUUUUUGCUGGAGGAAAUCACAGUUUUGCAAUUGAUGAAGAUGGAAUGGUGUAUACAUGGGGUCAAAAUGCAGAGGGUCAGUGUGGUAUUGAAUCACCAAAUCCUAUUAUAACUCCAAUUAAGUUAGAAUUCUUCAAAAACUUAUUUAGUGUAAAACAAAUUUCUGCAGGACUUCACCAUAUGUUGGUCCUUCUAAAAAAUAGUGAUGUUUAUAGUUUUGGCAGCAAUAAAUAUGGACAAUUAGGCAUUGGUGUUUCUGAAGAAAACAGAAAGUUUCCUGUCCGAAUUAAUCAUGAUAAUUAUGAUAAUUGCAAAUACGUUGCGACUGGAGAUCAUCAUUGUAUUGCUGUUAAUAAUGAAAAUAAAGUGUAUACUUGGGGUUUUGGCGAAACAUCUGCUCUGGAAAAUGGAAGUAAGAAUAACGAAUUAUUACCAUUCGAACUUAAAUGUAAAGAGUUUGGUGAAAUUUCAGAAAUUGGGGGAGGCAGCCAAUAUUUGGUUAUAUUAUCUAAUUUUCAUAGUUCAUAA